CACAAACAGGAAACACAUCUCGCACAAGCCUCAGUGGCCCUAUUUUUUUUUUGUUGGCUAGCGUGAAACUUUCCUUGUUCCACCAUUAUUGUUGAAGGACAAUUUUGUCCAGUACCGUUUCUUUUUGGACUGAGACGACGACGUUUUCAAGAUGGGAGGAGGCGACCUGAACCUGAAAAAGAGCUGGCAUCCCCAGACUAUGAAAAACAUUGAGCGUGUUUGGAAAGCUGAGCAGAAGUUUGAGGCCGAACGCAAGAAGAUCGAGGAGCUCCAGAAAGAGCUGAAAGACGAACGAGCCCGAGAAGAAAUUACCAGAUAUGCACAGGACUCUGGCACCAUCAAAAAGAAGGAUGAUCGCCUUGACUGGAUGUACCAGGGCCCUGCUGGUCAGGUGUCCAGAGAUGAGUAUCUCCUGGGACGUCCCAUCGACAAGCAGAUCACCGAGCAAUAUGAGGAGCCAGAGAGCGGUCCAUCGGCUGAGACUGGCCUCCUACCGGGAUCCAUCUUCAACCCAGCGACCGCUGCCUCCAACCUCGACCUGGCUGCCAAGAUUAGGGAAGAUCCCCUCUUUGAAAUCAGGAAACGUGAGGAAGAAAAGAAGAGGGAAGUCUUGACUAAUCCUGUGAAGAUGAAGAAGAUCAAAGAAAUGUUGCGCCAGAAUCUCGACAAGAAGGACAAGAAGAAGAAGAGGAAGAAGGACAAAAAGGAGAAGAAAGGAGAGAAAGAGAGGAGAAAGGAGAAGAAACGCAAGAGAAGGAGUUCCAAUUCGAGCUCAGAUGAAGAAGAAGAGAAAAAACCCAGAUCCCAUUUACGAGACGACUCAUCGGCAGACACAAAGUCUCGUUCCCAUCAUCUUUCAGGCUAUGGUCUACUGCUCCCUGCUGGCAGACAUCACCAGUCCUCCGCUCCCUCUGGUCACUCAGGGCGUCGAGAGAGGAGCCGCUCCUGGUCACCCCACAGGAGCAACAGGGACAAUCACUCGUCCUCCUCGUCCUCGCACAGAAGCGACAAGAAGGUCGAGCCCAGAGCUUCCAGCCCGCAGAUAAAGCGUUACCACAGACAGAAGAACCACGUUUCUAAGAAACUCUCUGCAGAAGACCUGGAGCGAAAGAGGCGGGAGAUGAUGGACGAGGCCAAGCAGAGGGAUGAGGACAGGGAGAAUAAUGUAAAGAGAUACAAGAGGCAAGAAGAGCAGGAAAAGCAGCGGGAACAAAAUGCCAAACAUGAUCGCCAUGCUGGCUUCAUCCAUAACAUGAAGUUGGAGAGUGCUGCCAGCUCCUCCUUAGAAGAUAGAGUGAAGAGGAAUAUCCACUCCAUUCAGAGGACGCCAGCCUCCGUGGACAACUUCAUGAAGAGAUGAAGACACAACACUUUUACCACACAAUGUAUGAACUGAUUGAAAACACUUGCCAUCCACUCCUUUAUCUGUCUCUCUCGCUUACUGAGGCAAAAGGGUGGAUGGUGUCGUGGGAGUCUGUCAUGAGGUCAUACAGAGAACCACAUGGCUUUUAUUUUUAAAAAGCAGAUUCCACAAGGGUAACAUAAUUUAUAUUUCUUACAAAUGCAAAUGGUCUGUCGUGGCUGAUCAGCUCUAGUUACUCUCCAGUAGCCCUUUAAGGUUAAUGUUUUCUGAGCUCUGUACAGUGUACUUUUUUUUGGUUUUUAUGAUAUUAGAGGAUUUUAUUUUAUUUUUAAAGGUUUUUGUUAAAUACAAUAGUUACUUGGUGUAUUCCUGUGAGUAGCAACUGAAAUAAAACAAACAUUUCCUGGGCUCCAUA